AUGCGUCCCCGUAUGAUCCGUGACUCUAGUAUAAUAUGUGAGAGCUUCACCAACCCUCUCAUUGGAGGUAUGUAUGCACAAGCACAAAGUCUCUCGGUGCAGGGCUUCCUUCAAAGUCCGAGUUCCCAUUCAUGA